AGCAGCAGCAGUGCAGCCUCAGCUUGUCCCGCCGCUGCCUGUCCUGCCGUCACUCUAACACUCACCUUUAACCGCAGCAUACCUGGAGGACUGUUGGAGCUGCAGCUGGACUUCUCUGACUUUGAGGAAUUUUUAAGCUGAGGAAGGUUGAAAUCUAAAGAGCAGCUCCUGGAUGUCUUUUGGCUCGUGGGGAUUUUUUUCCUUCCCCGAGGUGUCAUCACCUGGAUUGUCUCCUGAGACUUUUUUCAUUCGUGGUGGAAAGUCAGACUGGAAAGUUUGAGAAAGGACAUAAGUGAAUUCAUUAUUUUCUGUUACCUUAUCUUUUUUUCCGUGUGGGACAGACGCUGCUGUGGGAAAACGAGAUGUUCUGCUCCAGGAGAGUCCUGCAGCAGUGGUGCUUCGCUCUCUUCCUGCUCUGCUCUCCGGUGCCACACUUUGGACGGCCGAUUGAUGCCCUGAGCAACAGAAUAAAACGUUCUGUGACUCACGCUCAGCUGAUGCACGACAAAGGCCGGACGCUGCAGGACUUUAAGCGUCGCAUGUGGCUGCAGGAGCUUUUGGACGAAGUCCACACGGCGGAGAUCCGUGACCUUCCCGUCCGGACCACCGGAGGAGGCGGAAGCAGCAGCGGCGCCGGCGUCGGGCUGCCGGGGGUCAGUCUGGGCAUCAACCUGAGCACCACCGGCAGCACCCUGCACUCCAAACCCCCCGGAGGAACCAAGAACCUCCCCAUCAGCUUCAGGCUGGAGGAGGAGGAGGGGACCAACCUGCCACAGGAGACCAACAAGUCUCAGACGUACAAAGACGGCGUCCUCAAAGCGUCCGGCAAGAGGAAGAAGAAAGGGAGGUCUGGGAAGAGGAGGGAGGGAGAGAAGAGGAAGAGGAGGGCACGUUCAUUGGGAUGGAGGCUGGAGGACGAGCCCGGGAGCGGACUCCACCUGGAGUGGAGAUCUCUGCUCGGCCUGCAGAGGGCGCUGCUUUAAAACGCUGUCAGUCUCUGACAAAGAAACCUACGGACAGACGCAGUGGACUCCUAAACCCUCACGUUACAGUCUUCUGUAAUAGUGAUUGUUUGGAAAGAAAUUGGAAAAUAUUUAUUGUCUGUAAAUAUUCUAAAUAUAUCAGAAUAGAUAGCAGAAUAUGAUUAAAAAACUUAUUUGAUGCUCUGUGGGGCAACAGAUUUUAAUCUUUGUGAAUCCUUGCUUUUUUCUUUUUUAUUCCAAUUAUGUCAGAUUUUUUUUGCAGUAAUUUAUUUUGUCUGAAUGGUGUAUUUAUUUUGGAAAUGUAUCGAGGUGCUGCUGACCCUCUAUAUUUUUGUACCAUAAUGCACUUUAGAUAUAUAAAUAUAAAUAUAUAUACCAUUAAUUUUGUCCAUUGACUUGUGUUUGAUUGAAAUGAAGAAAAAACGACUUGCCGUUUUGUUUUAUUUUCACUUUGGUUCUUGACGCUCGGCUCAGUUCACUCGUCCAGUUUUCUGUUUCCUUGCUGCUGUUUUUGGGCUCCGAUCGAAGCUGUGUGUUGUCUCGCCUCCUGUGUUGGACCCCCUGCUGUCCUCAGUGUCUCUGAUCCCUCCACGGCUCGUUCUGCUUCUCAGCGCCAACGUUCAGACUUGUACAUAAACCAAACACGGCUCGAUAUUGUUGUUUUUGGCUCUUGCACUGAGAUAAACACCCUGUACUGAACGGAUUAAACAUUUGACAGUAA